AUGCUGAUCCGACUCGUCGCAGCACUAGCUGCUUCAGUUCCGCUGCUCGUCUUCGCCCAAAAGUCCGAGAACUAUGACGCGGCCAAGUUCCGCAGCUUGCAACGCAAUGGGCUCAUCAAGCUCGACACGGCACUGUACGACCACAUCACCCAGUCGCCUCGCGAUUACAGUGUCAGCAUCUUGUUGACCGCCAUGGGCAAGCAGUUCAAUUGUCAACCCUGCCAGUGAGUGGUGCUGUACCUGCUGAGCGCUGGAGGGAAUUCGGGCUGAUCCGACGACGACGACGACGUGGCGACGUGGCGCUCCCGAUCUGCGCUUGCUCGUCUCCGCUUUCCUGCCCACAGCCAAGUCCAGCCCGAGUACGACCUCUUGGCCAAGCAAUGGCAGAGUCAGCAAAAGAAGGUCGACGAGAACCACUUUUUCGCCGUGCUUGAUUUCGCCGAUGGUCAGCAGAUCUACCAGAGGGUGCGUUGGCGAGCUCUCGAGCGUGCAGGGAGCGCGUGGGGCCGAGCGUUGUACUGCAGCUGCUCUGUGCUAGGGUUUCUCAGCUGACACACAAUUCUCAAUCCAUUGAUCAGCUUGGACUGCAAACUGCUCCGACGUUCCAAACGUUCCUGCCGACCGAAGGACCGAGAAGUGAAGGCGCUCGCUCCUCUCCCAUCACCACCGACCUGAGUCGAUUGUGAGCCUUCCCUACUUGACAUGGAAGUUCAAUGCUCAGUCCCACUCAUUCCCCUUAACCACACUACCCGGAAACAGAGGCUACAAUGCCGAAGGGAUCUCGGCGUGGCUCAAGGCGAACGCGCAGGUGCCCAUCUCCUUCUCGCGUCCCAUCGACCGCACCAAGGCAUUCGGCACCGUCUUCAUCUUCGUCUCGCUCGGAUUGACGAUCUGGAAGGCUUCGUCGGUGUUGUACCUCAUCGCGUCGCAGACUUAUAUCUGGGCCGCUGGUGUUCUGGUAAGCACUCGCUUGCCUGCUUGCCCAAAUCGAAACUGACCUUGCCCCCGCAUCCCGAAUACAAAUCACAGUCCAUCAUCUUGUUGAUGAACGGUGGCUACAUGUGGAACCAGAUUCGUCAUCCGCCUUACUCGCAAAUGACUCGCGAAGGUACGACGAUGUACAUCCAACCCGGAUACUCGAACCAGUUUGGUGCCGAAACGCACAUCAUCGCCGCUUGCUGUGAGUCCAGUCGACUCUAGCAAUCGAACCCGGCUCGACGCUGAUGCUUGUACUCGUUUGGCCCCACCUAGAUGGUCUGUUGGGGUUCUCGGCCUACACGUUGGCGUACAUCUUGCCGACGGUCAGAGACCCGGUCAAGCAACGCGUCGGGGUGUACAUCUGGACCGCGAUCGUCGUCAUCAUGGCCGGGGUCGUGAUGAGCAUCUUCAAGGUCAAGCAGGGGGGAUGUAAGUUUGAUGAAAGACUCGGGACUUGUUUGAAUCGAUCAGUGCUGAUUCUCCGGGGUGCUGGGUGGGGGACAGAUCCGUUCAAGAUUUUCUGA